AUGCUAAUUUAUGGCUCAACUAGUCCAAUUUUUCUUAAUACAAUCAACACCAACAAGAGGGCCAAUGGCAUCAUCAUCAGAAGCUCAUCUCAGCUUACAAGAGCAAGCAGAAGUUGCAUUGUAGCAACAGCAGGGUUCCUUGCAGCUACUGCAGUAUUAGCUUCAGCAGCAACAGUAGGUCUUGCAAUCGAGUCCCCUGAACAAGGUGAUACACUAGCCAACAUACCGCAGACAUUAUCCAGUGACUGCACUUUGCCACAGGAUUGCAAGAAAGCUCGAAUUCAAAAGCCGAAAUCAAGAAAAGCGGAGUCUUGCACAAGCAAAUGCGUUACUACUUGUAUCAGGGGAGGCGAGGGGUCACCAGGUGAAGGCCCCUUCAAUGUCAGAAGACCUAUAGUUGUUUUCAAGCAAGGCUUCCGAAGCCGUCAAUACUGUUUGGUGGAGUGCUCAGAUAUCUGUAAUCUGAUUCGAGAUGGUGAUGAUGGGCCUUGAUCGAAACCACAAUUUUUUGUAAGCAGCUAGCAACUGUAUAGUGGUAUAACCAUUCUUUUUA